UUUAACUGCUAUUACUCUUCCUGUUCAAUGACUAGACGCUUCAGAUCCAUUUUAAUGAGAACAGCUGUUUUUUCUCAGAGCGAAAAGCUUCUUCCAAAACCUGUUGAGGCUCUCUUUGAGAGCAAAUUGUAUUACUAACGGUGACUUCCAGUGCAGAUGGCCGAACGACAGCCAGGUAAAGCACACAGAGAAAACUCCAUGUUAACUCUGGGUCAGCAAGACAGAAUCAUAUGAGAGGGUGGUAACAAGCUCUUAUUCAAUAAAGCCAGCCUCUCUUUUUUGGCUUGGAAGGAACAGAAGAUUAGGAGCCUGAAGUUCACUUCUUCAUGGGAGGAAGCAGACAACUGUUAAUAAGAAGAGCAGAUGUAUUAAACAGAUAAUGAGUUUGUGAAAACAAAGGCUUCUCUGGAAUAUACACCUAUUUUUUUUUACCACUUUUAAAAAGAACAAUGCAUUGCAAAUGCUUCACUAACGAAUGAAGGAUGUAAAUCUUCAUAACUCUUUUCCCUGCUGGACAACACUGGAUUCUCUGUCUUGUGAUUGUCAGAAGAGAAGAUGUCCCAAGAAUUUAACCUUAACUUACUUAAGGAACUGGAGCAAGAAAUUGUUCUAAAUGUCCUUUGCCGUGACGAGAUGUUGAGAAAACUGGAGGAAGAAAGAGUAAGGAAACUGAAAACCCAACUGCAGCAACUUUGGCGUAAAGGAACAAAAAGUGCCAGCUAUGGAUCUCAGAAACGGUCUUGUGCCCGUUGUCAGAAGUCGUUUGGAAUCCUAUUCGAUAGAGGAGCAGUGUGCAAAGGAUGCAGCCAUUAUAUAUGCUCUCAAUGUCGCGUUACUCUAAAUGCCUUUCUGUGGAAAUGCACUGUCUGCUGUGCUUCUGAGGCUAUUAAAGUGAAAACAGGUGAAUGGUUCUUUGAGGAGCGAGCAAAGAAAUUCCCCACUGAAGGUAGAUAUGAAACUGCUGGAGCAAAACUCUUGAAAUCUUAUCAGAAAUUAAGCAAAGUAUCGGUGAUUCCUCCAACUCCUCCACCUUUUGCUGAAUCUGCCAAUAGAAUAAACAUAUUGGAACUUAAUCCAGGUUUCCACAAGUCUAUGGAAAACAUCUUUCUUUCUUUUACCUCACAUAUCAAAAAAAUCUCAAAGUCACAGAAUGAUGUGCCCAAUGAGAAAUACCUUCUCACAGGAAAUUAUGGGCCACAAACCGAUCCAGUGAAGGACAGGAGAAGUCUAUCUGAUACGGCUAUUGAUUUUUCAACUAGGAAAUGUUCAAGUAUCAGUGGAGAACAAGAUGACAGUAGAGUUGCUUGCAUAAAAGCAUCAAGCGAAGAAGGCAUACCCUCCGUUAUUACCAAUAAUACCUUAAUUUGUGGAGAUAAAAAACGUGAUAGUUUAUACAGCAUUACCAGCGUUUGCAGUGGGGCUGUUGACUUUGAAAAAACUGAUGUCUGUGGUGAAAUAGAAUUUGCCAUUAGAUACAAUUUCAAAUUUGGCUUUUUGGAAGUAUUCAUCAGUGCCUGUAGGAAUCUGGCUUAUGGAAAGGAGGAAAAAAAGAAAUGCAAUCCAUAUGUCAAGACUUACUUGCUGCCUGAUAAAUCUCCUCAGAGUAAACGGAAGACUUCUGUCAAAAAGAACACGCUGAAUCCAACAUUCCAAGAAAUAUUAAAGUACAAUAUUGAAUAUUCCCAACUGCAAACCCGACAGCUUCAGAUAUCUGUCUGGCACGCUGGAAUUUUCAGACAUCCCGUAUUCCUCGGAGAAGUGGUGAUAGAUUUUGGGUCCUGGGAUUUUGAAAACUAUUCUGCUGAGUCGUUCAACUGGUACCAAUUGAAAGCCAAAGUGACAUGACUGCAUUUGAUUUACUUAUGUUUACUGUAUUUAUGCAUGUUUCCUGUUUCUUCAGAUUUUAAGGAUAAAUGUACCGUAAGCAGUUCAUUUUUUUUUCAGUGAAGUAGGCGUUAAAUGUUUUCAUCACUAGAAUCAUAAAGUGCAAUUAGAAUGCACCUCAGAGAUCAUGUAAUCCUUUCCUUGUGCCAGCUAGAUAAAGUCUCCUUUGAGCUGAACUUGACUCCUGGCAAUUUCAUAAACACAUCCAAGUAGGUUACGUUUGCCAACAGUAUAAAUGUGUCUUGUUAUAACCUUCCAGGAUUUUUUGACUUCUUGAUCUAGCAUCUGACCAUGGAAUUUCCUGGCUCUUCCACAGUGUCCCAUCCAAAGCAUGUACCAAGUUUAUUCCUGCUAUUUUUUUAAAAAAAGAUUUACCCAGGUCAGCAGAUCCCUGCUAUUACCUCUGCAUUUGGGUCAGGUUAGGUGAGCACUGUUGAUGAUAGGACUUUGUUUUGGGGUUGUCAUUUUAACCAGAAUUUAAUGGAUUAUAUUUUAUCUUUGUAUGUUGACCAGCAUCAUUGUUGUGAAAUGUAUGGCUUUAUAAACUAUUUAAAUAAAUAAAUCUUCAGCUUAAGAUAUCUAAUGAAGAAAAAUCUGAAGUUUUCAGUGCAUUCUGCUUCCCUCAUUCUUUAAAUGUUUAAUCAAAGUUCCCUUUCACAUACCUUUGAACCCAUUGGUUUCUAUUCUGCCCCUGGAACAAAGAAAAAAAAUGUCCUAUCAUAUAUGCGGUAGUAUUUUAAAUAUUUGUAGACGGCCAUUGCAUCUGCUUUAAAAUCUUGUCUGAACACAUUCAAAGUAUAAUGAUAGCCAUCAGCUUGCAUUAGAUAACAUAAUUAAAAACUAUCCUAUAGCCUAAUUUCUCAAACAUUUUCCAAAGUAAAUCUGAUGUAAUUCCCCUCUCUGCAGAUUGCUCUAGAGCAGUGGUUCUCAACCUUUUUAAUGCCGUGACCCCCAAACUGGUCGUAAGUCGAGGACUACUCAACCAGUUGUAAGUCGAGGACUAC